AAAGAAUCAUUAUAAAUACAGAACUAGUUUUGUGAAUUUAUAAACCACACCUCUUCUCAAGAACAAACAUAAGCACUAGAGCUAGCUAAGUGAAACUUCUUAGUUAGAGAGUUUAAUCAAUGGCUCCUUCCAUGAUUAGUUUGGCUUUCUUUGUCCUCCUCAUAGUGGGGAGUGCUAAUGCACAACUUUCUACAAAUUUCUACUCGAGCUCUUGUCCCAAACUCUCUUCCACAGUGAAAUCCACACUGCAAUCCGCCAUAUCAAAGGAGGCACGCAUGGGUGCUUCCAUCCUCCGUUUGUUCUUUCACGAUUGUUUUGUCAAUGGAUGUGACGGGUCAAUUUUACUUGAUGACACGUCAAGCUUUACUGGAGAGAAGAAUGCAAACCCGAAUAGAAACUCUGCUCGUGGAUUCGAUGUCAUUGACAACAUAAAGACAGCCGUAGAGAGUGCAUGUCCCGGAGUUGUAUCUUGUGCUGACAUCCUUGCCAUUGCUGCCGCCGACUCUGUUGCCAUUCUUGGAGGCCCAACAUGGAAUGUAAAACUUGGAAGAAGAGACGCUAAGACGGCUAGUCAAUCUGCUGCUAACACUGCCAUCCCAGCACCCAGUUCCAGCCUUAGUACACUUACCUCAAUGUUUAGUGCAGUUGGCCUUUCUACCAAGGACUUAGUCGCAUUGUCAGGAGGUCACACAAUUGGACAAGCAAGGUGCACAAAUUUUAGAGCACGAAUCUAUAACGAGACCAACAUCGAUACUUCAUUUGCUACGACGAGGAAAUCAAGCUGCCCAAGCACAUCAGGGUCAGGGGACAACAAUUUGGCACCUCUUGAUCUUCAGACUCCAACUUCCUUCGACAAUAACUACUUCAAAAACCUUGUUAAUAAAAAGGGUCUUCUUCAUUCUGACCAACAACUUUUCAAUGGUGGCUCCACCAACUCCAUUGUUAGUGGCUACAGUACUAAUCCAAGCUCUUUUUCUUCUGAUUUUGCUGCUGCUAUGAUCAAGAUGGGAGACAUUAAACCUCUUACCGGAUCCAAUGGAGAGAUCAGGAAGAAUUGCAGAAAAACCAACUAAUAUUUAAGUCUAAAUUACUAUUAAAGAUCCUAUGUAUACACAUACAAAAUUGUGCUUUAAUUAGAUAUAUGUGGAUGCAAUAAGUUGUUAAACAUUGUGUUUUGUAUUCUGUGUGCUUUCGAGGGUUGUAUACCUCUUAUCUGGUUUUUGUUUCUAACUUUACAAAAUUGUAGGAAAAAGCCUUUAUGAUUAGUCUAAAGAAAAGAUAUAUAUUAGCUUGAAGUUCUA